AUGGGGUUCCUCGAGUUUUGCUGUUGCUUAGUGGGUGAGCUUUCUUUAACUGCACAGAGCGGUAAUUCUCUCUGGGGUACUCUUUUGGUUAAGGCCCUCCCGUUCUUCAUUCUCGGGAGUGGUGGAUUCAAUGUCAUCCCAUGGGGCGAUAGGAACGUCGGUUCAAGCAACCCUUAUACAGAUGCGCCACACACCGGUAUAACACGUAGAUACGAGUUCAACAUUAGUCGAGGUAUAAUCGCACCGGACGGGUACGAGAAGGAAGUGUUGCUUGUUAACGACCAAUUCCCUGGACCCCUUGUUGAGGCCAACUGGGGGGAUUUCAUCGAGGUAAAGGUCACCAAUUCCAUCCAUGAUGGCCCACCAGAAGGGACCACGAUUCACUGGCACGGUUUUCUGCAGAGUGGAACACCAUGGAUGGACGGUGUUCCCGGUGUUUCCCAAUGCCCUAUUGCGCCUGGGAGAAGCUUUACCUACAAGUUCCGAGCUGAACUUUACGGUUCAUCUUGGUAUCAUUCUCACUACUCCGCCCAGUACGCAGGUGGUCUUUUCGGUCCCGUCGUAGUUCACGGCCCAAGACAUGUGGAAUACGAUGUCGAUGUUAGUCCGAUCAUGGUCAACGACUGGUCACAUAGGGAUUAUUACGCAAUCGUCCAAGAGAUAAUGGGCCCUGGCUCGAAUGGGCUGACAUCCUCUGACAACAACUUGAUCAACGGAAAGAUGAACUUCGACUGCCUUACUAUGGAUGUCAACGAUAACGCGCAUUGUACAGACAAUGCUGGGUUAUCUAAGUUUAUGUUUCGACCGGGCAAAACUCACCGUCUUCGAUUCAUCAAUUCUGGGUCGGAGGCUACGCAGCGCAUCUCCAUCGAUGAACAUAACAUGACAGUCAUAGCCAACGACUUCGUUCCCAUUAAGCCUUAUGAUACUCAAGUUGUCACUCUCGGUGUCGGCCAGCGAGUCGAUGUCAUUGUGCAUGCUCAUGCCGGUCCAGGAUCGGCAUUCUGGUUACGAGCGAACAUCACAUCCUGCUCCAGUACGGAUCAGCCGUUAGCUCUCGCUGCCAUAUACUACCAAGGAGGCGACAAUAUUUCUGUUCCAACUAGUACGCCGUGGAACGUCCCCGAUCCGGGCACUUGCGAAAAUGACGAUCUUGCUCUCACUGAACCAUCUUACCCGAUAGCCUUACCAGAGCCGUCGUUCACUCAACAUAUGGAUGUCAGCGCGUACAUCAAUUCGAGUGGUAGCUUUCUCUGGGAAUUCGGUGGCGCUGCUGCGAAGGUAGAUUACAAUAACCCAACACUUCUCCAGGGCUUUACCAAGGGUGGCUUCCAGUAUACACACGAGUCCAACCUGGUUAACUACGGAACAAACUCGUCCAUCCGGAUUAUAGUUAAUAAUCCCACAAAGUCGCCUCACCCAAUCCACGCGCAUGGCUUGCACAUGUACAUCCUUGCCACCGGGCCCGGCAACUACACCGAAGAUUCCCUAUCGCAUGUCAAUACCAAGAACCCUAUGCGCCGUGAUGUGCAGAUGGUUGGUGCCUAUAGCUACCUUGUGGUUCAGGUGGACGCUUCCAAGAGCCCCGGAGUCUGGCCUUUCCAUUGCCACGUUGCCUGGCACGCAUCCGCUGGCUUUUUCUCCCAAAUGCUAUUCCAGCCAGACGAGUUAACUAAUCGACAUUUUGACAUUCCUCAUGAUGUUUCCCGAACGUGUCGCGAAUGGGCUGAAUUCACUAAAGAUGCCGUCCCGAACCAGAUCGACAGCGGAUUGAAGGCAAGAAUGGAGUCGACGACGCAGGAAAGAAGUGCUACCUUGCUACGAUGAAC